AUGGAGCAAACAGACUGCAAACCUUAUCAGCCUCUGUCCAAAGUCAAGCAUGAAAUGGAUCUAGCUUAUACCAGUUCUUCUGAUGAAAGUGAAGAUGGGAGAAAACCAAGACAGUCAUUCAACUCCAGGGAAACUCUGCAUGAGUAUAACCAAGAGCUGAGGAGGAAUUACAAUAGCCAGAGCAGAAAGAGGAAAGAAGUGGAGAAAUCUACUCAAGAGAUAGAAUUCUGUGAAACACCUCCUACUUUGUGCUCUGGCUACCAGACAGACAUGCACAGUGUUUCCCGGCAUGGAUACCAGCUAGAGAUGGGGUCUGAUGUGGACACAGAGACAGAAGGUGCUGCAUCGCCCGACCAUGCGCUGAGAAUGUGGAUAAGAGGCAUGAAGUCAGAACACAGUUCCUGUCUGUCCAGCAGGGCCAACUCUGCAUUGUCCUUGACUGACACUGACCAUGAGCGGAAGUCUGAUGGGGAAAAUGGUUUUAAAUUCUCUCCUGUUUGUUGUGACAUGGAGGCUCCAGCUGGUUCCACUCAAGACAUGCAAAGCAGCCCACACAACCAGUUCACCUUCAGACCCCUCCCCCCACCACCACCUCCUCCACAUGCCUGUACCUGUGCCAGGAAGCCACCUCCCACAGUGGACUCUCUUCAAAGAAGAUCAAUGACUACCCGCAGUCAGCCCAGUCCAGCUGCUCCUGCUCCUCCAACCAGCACCCAGGAUUCAGUUCAUCUGCAUAACAGCUGGGUCUUGAACAGCAACAUACCACUGGAGACCAGGCAUUUCCUGUUCAAACAUGGAUCUGGUUCCUCUGCUAUCUUCAGUGCAGCCAGUCAGAACUACCCUCUGACAUCCAAUACUGUCUACUCACCACCUCCCAGGCCACUGCCUCGGAGCACCUUUUCCCGACCUGCCUUCACUUUUAACAAACCUUAUAGAUGCUGCAAUUGGAAGUGCACAGCCUUGAGCGCCACUGCAAUCACAGUGACUUUGGCCUUGUUACUAGCCUACGUAAUUGCAGUACACUUGUUUGGCCUGACGUGGCAGUUGCAACCAGUUGGACAGAUCUAUGCGAAUGGAAUUAGCAAUGGGAACACAGGGACCGAGUCCAUGGAUACUACUUACUCUCCCAUUGGAGGAAAAGUUUCUGACAAAUCAGAGAAAAAAGUGUUUCAGAAGGGACGAGCAAUUGAUACUGGUGAAGUUGACAUUGGAGCACAAGUCAUGCAGACCAUUCCACCGGGCUUAUUCUGGCGUUUCCAGAUUACUAUCCACCAUCCUAUAUAUCUGAAAUUCAAUAUUUCUUUAGCCAAGGACUCUCUGCUGGGAAUUUAUGGCAGAAGAAAUAUUCCACCUACACACACUCAGUUUGAUUUUGUGAAAUUAAUGGAUGGCAAACAACUGGUAAAACAGGACUCUAAGAGCUCUGAUGACAUCCAGCACUCCCCAAGGAAUCUGAUUUUAACAUCCCUUCAGGAGACAGGUUUCAUAGAGUAUAUGGACCAAGGACCUUGGUAUCUGGCAUUUUACAAUGAUGGAAAAAAGAUGGAGCAAGUAUUUGUGCUAACUACAGCAAUUGAAAUAAUGGAUGACUGUUCAACCAACUGUAAUGGAAAUGGAGAGUGUAUCUCUGGACACUGUCAUUGUUUCCCAGGAUUCCUUGGACCUGACUGUGCUAGAGAUUCAUGCCCAGUGCUGUGUGGCGGAAAUGGAGAGUAUGAGAAAGGCCACUGCGUCUGCAGGAAUGGCUGGAAGGGACCUGAGUGUGAUGUUCCAGAAGAACAAUGCAUCGACCCAACGUGCUUUGGCCAUGGCACCUGUAUCAUGGGAGUCUGCAUCUGUGUUCCUGGAUACAAAGGAGAAAUAUGUGAGGAAGAGGACUGCUUAGACCCAAUGUGUUCCAGCCAUGGCAUCUGUGUCAAAGGAGAAUGUCAUUGUUCUACUGGCUGGGGAGGAGUCAACUGUGAAACUCCGCUUCCUAUAUGUCAAGAGCAGUGCUCAGGACAUGGAACUUUUCUUCUGGACACUGGCGUUUGCAGCUGUGAUCCCAAGUGGACAGGAUCUGACUGCUCUACAGAGCUCUGUACCAUGGAGUGUGGUAGCCAUGGGGUCUGCUCAAGGGGAAUAUGCCAAUGUGAAGAAGGCUGGGUAGGACCAACAUGUGAAGAACGUUCCUGUCACUCUCACUGUGCUGAGCAUGGUCAAUGCAAAGAUGGAAAAUGUGAGUGUAGCCCUGGAUGGGAGGGCGACCACUGCACAAUUGCCCACUACUUAGAUGCUGUUCGAGAUGGCUGUCCAGGGCUCUGCUUUGGAAAUGGUCGAUGUACCCUGGAUCAAAAUGGUUGGCACUGUGUGUGUCAGGUUGGUUGGAGUGGGACAGGCUGCAACAUUGUCAUGGAAAUGCUUUGUGGAGACAACUUGGACAAUGAUGGAGAUGGUUUAACUGACUGUGUGGACCCAGAUUGUUGUCAACAAAGCAACUGUUAUGUAAGCCCACUCUGUCAGGGCUCACCAGACCCUCUUGACCUCAUUCAACAAAGCCAGCCCCUCUUCUCUCAGCACACUUCAAGACUCUUCUAUGAUCGAAUCAAAUUUCUUAUUGGCAAGGACAGUACUCAUGUCGUCCCUCAAGAGAUCUCAUUUGACAGCAGGCGUGCCUGUGUGAUUCGAGGCCAAGUGGUGGCUGUGGAUGGAACUCCUCUUGUGGGAGUCAAUGUCAGUUUCUUGCACCACAGUGAUUAUGGCUUUACAAUCAGUCGGCAAGAUGGAAGUUUUGACCUCGUAGCCAUUGGUGGUAUCUCUGUCAUCUUACUCUUUGACCGUUCACCUUUCCUGUCUGAAAAGAGAACACUCUGGUUGCCAUGGAAUCAGUUUAUUGUGGUGGAGAAAGUAAUCAUGCAAAGAAUUGUAGCAGACACACCAUCCUGUGAUAUUUCCAACUUCAUCAGCCCAAACCCUAUUGUGCUUCCUUCACCACUUACAUCAUUUGGAGGAUCCUGUCCAGAAAGGGGAACUAUUGUUCCUGAGCUGCAGGUUGUACAGGAGGAAAUACCUAUUCCUUCCAGUUUUGUGAGGCUGAGUUACCUGAGCAGUCGAACACCCGGAUAUAAAACUUUGCUACGGAUCCUUUUGACGCAUUCAACGAUUCCUGUGGGCAUGAUUAAAGUACACCUUACAGUAGCUGUGGAAGGGCGACUCACACAGAAGUGGUUUCCUGCUGCAAUUAAUCUUGUCUACACAUUUGCUUGGAACAAGACAGACAUCUAUGGACAGAAGGUUUGGGGCCUGGCAGAAGCUUUGGUGUCUGUGGGAUAUGAAUAUGAGAUGUGCCCUGACUUUAUUCUCUGGGAACAAAGGACAGUCGUUUUACAGGGCUUUGAAAUGGAUGCAUCUAACCUAGGAGGCUGGUCCUUGAAUAAACAUCAUAUUUUUAAUCCUCAAAGUGGAAUCAUACAUAAAGGAAAUGGGGAAAACAUGUUCAUUUCCCAGCAGCCUCCAGUCAUAUCCACCAUAAUGGGUAAUGGUCACCAAAGGAGUGUAGCCUGCACUAACUGCAAUGGCCCAGCCCACAACAACAAACUCUUUGCGCCUGUUGCUUUAGCUUCUGGCCCUGAUGGUAGUGUGUAUGUUGGUGACUUCAAUUUUGUAAGGCGAAUAUUUCCUUCGGGAAAUUCCGUUAGUAUUUUGGAAUUAAGAAACAGAGAUACCAGACAUAGCACAAGCCCUGCACACAAGUACUAUCUGGCUAUGGACCCUAUGUCUGAAUCACUCUACCUAUCAGACACCAAUACUCGAAAAGUCUACAAACUGAAAUCUCUUGUGGAAACAAAAGAUCUGUCUAAGAAUUUUGAGGUGGUGGCGGGAACAGGUGAUCAGUGCCUUCCCUUUGACCAGAGUCAUUGCGGAGAUGGCGGGAAAGCCUCAGAAGCGUCAUUGAACAGCCCUCGAGGCAUCACAGUUGAUAGGAAUGGAUUCAUUUACUUUGUGGAUGGGACUAUGAUCCGAAGAAUUGAUGAGAAUACUGUGAUCACAACUGUAAUUGGCUCAAACGGUCUGACUUCCACACAGCCAUUGAGCUGUGACUCAGGAAUGGACAUCACUCAGAAAGCUUUGGGGAAAAUGGUGAGCUAG